AUGUCAGUAUAUCGUAAACUCUUGAUAAUCGAUGAAGUCACGCGCCCUGUUUGCCUGUUGAUAGGUCUGCGAGCUCGUCUGUUCAGCCAAAGCCAAGUCCCGCGAAGAACCGGCCUGCCGCCAAAGUCCCCGAGGCUCAUAACCCCACUUGUCGAUGACGAGACAAUCUGCAUGGCCAUAGUGCGCGGACCGCCCAAGAAACAUUGUCGCUUUGGUCGAUCUCUCAGCUUGGCUGUAGGUGAUGGAUGGGUGUUGUAUGUCUUCGGGCCGUACGAAGCUGAGAGCCUACUGGUUCUUUGGCUUGCGGGCUGA